AUGGAACAUAGGAACAAUGUGACCGAGUUUGUGCUCUUGGGGCUCACUCAGAACCUCCAGGGCCAGAAAAUACUAUUUGCUGUGUUCUUGCUGAUCUACAUGGUGACAAUGGCAGGCAACCUACUCAUCGUCCUGACUGUGGUGCUCAGCCCAGCCUUGGAUGCUCCGAUGUUCUUCUUUCUUGGUUACUUAUCAUUUAUGGAUGUUACUUAUUCUAACACGGCCACCCCAAAUUUAUUAAUAGACUUACUCCAAGUGAAGAAAACCAUUUCCUUCCAAGCUUGUAUGACUCAGCUUUCUUUAGAACAUUUUUUUGGUGGUGCUGAGAUAAUACUCCUGGUGGUCAUGGCCUAUGACCGCUACGUGGCCAUCUGCAAACCCCUGCACUAUCCGACCAUCAUGAACCAACAAAUGAGUGUUUUAUUGUUGGUACUGGCCUGGGUUGGGGGGUUUGUGCAUGCUAUACUGCAGAUCUUUUCUGUUUACAACCUUCCCUUCUGUGGCCCCAAUGUCAUUGACCACUUCCUCUGUGACAUGUACCCCUUGUUAAAACUCGCCUGCACUGACACCUACGUUAUUGGCCUCACAAUGCUGGUCAAUGACGGGGUGAUCUGUGUGGUCAUCUUUACACUGUUAUUAAUCUCCUAUGUCAUCAUUCUACACUCCCUAAAGAACCUGAGUCAGGAAGGGAGGCGCAAGGCCUUAUCCACCUGUGGCUCCCAUAUCACCGUAGUUGUCCUCUUCUUUGUUCCUUGCAUUGUUCUAUUUGUGAGACCUCCUUUUACCUUGUCCAUGGAUAAAUACUUAGCUGUGUUCUACACGGUUAUCACACCUAUGCUGAAUCCUCUGUUAUAUUAUAUGCAAGCUAUCCAUCCUCAGGUUUCCGGAAAUGAUCCAUAUUCUUGGAUUUUCCAAACUUCUGUGGUCUUCAUUUCACCUUUGGCUUCACCCUUACACCUUGACAUGUUGCGUUCUCAAAGACACACUCCUCAUCUUCCCAAGCCUUCUGAAAUUUAG